GAAGGCAUGCCCCAAACGCUGAGUUCCACCAGUAUGUUUACCCCAUGUGGCUUCAGCCCUCAUCUACAUACUUCGAAAGAAGAUGAACAAGGAGGACUGAUCUACCAGGAUGGAAACCUUACCUCAGCAUCUCUGGAUGCUCUAAUCCAGCAUCUCAUACCUACCACUGAUUACUACCCUGAAAAAGCCUAUAUCUUUACAUCCCUGCUGAGUUCCAGACUCUUCAUCGAACCCCAUGAGCUUUUGUCCCGAGUUUGUCACAAGUGCAUUGAGCAGCAGCAGCUGGACGACCCUGUGCUGGACAAGGCUCGGAUCAGAAAAUUUGGACCCAAAAUCUUACAGUUGCUGACAGAGUGGACAGAGACAUUCCCGUAUGACUUUCAGGAAGAGCGGAUGAUCC